AUGACUCUCUCCUCUAAGCUCAUAGCAACCUUUUGCCUCUUGCAAACUGCUUUCACGCCGACUCUGUGCGCCCCACCUGUCUCUGAGCUCGCUCAUGCAGCCGAGGAAGUCCUCCAGGACAGCGUCGUUUCGACUGAGCUAGCACUCGGCCUGUCGCCAAGACAGCCCUUGCGUCGCGUACCGACGAAUGACGACGGCUGGCUCUCUCUCGCGCCGUAUCGACAUCCCUCUUUCGACGAGGCCAGCCCUUCUGAUCACUCGGCGGUAUCGAAUGGCGCUCCAAGUCUUGAUCACCUAGACUCGGGGCUCAAAGGAUCGCCUUCCGAUCUGCAGCAUGAUAUUCAGCCUCUUCCGACCCUCCAUCAGCCAGAUCCAAUUGCUCGUGUCCCACUCACCCCAGGUCUGGAUCGCUUCGUUGGACAUUCGCACGACGGAUCGGGUCCCGACGACUAUCGUCUCCUCUUCCCAUCCAACGCGGAGUACGUCGCCUCGCCGUGGUUCGAGCGCUUCUGGACAGACGCAGCGAUACACCUACGAAACGCCAGGUACCACGCCGUUUUCGCAACCGAGCGCGCCCGCACACUCCUGAGUCCAUCUGCCAUCCGCGAGAUGGUUCUGGAGAAUUGGAAGUAUCUGCAGAAUGCUCGCGUCUACAAGUUCAGUCUUCCUCAAGAUUUUUCGCCCUCGGUCGAGCCGGGCGAGGUGCUGAUGCGAUACCACACCCGAAUCUCGCUGCCCAAUCAGCAGCAUUACAGGGAAAAGGUCUCGGUCUGGACCACCGCGGACCAGGGGAGGAGCCUGGCGUUUUUGGGCCUGUUUCACUGCCCAAGUAGGUUCUUCCAGGAGCUCGUUCAGAGCGCGCGUGCGCAGGCGUUUGACGUAGAAGAUCACGAUUUCAGAUCCUACGUUCUGACCCCUGUGUCGACUCAGGGCUGA